AUGAUGAUGCGCAAGCACGACCUCUCCAGCGACAAGGUGCUCGACGCCACGCUGGUCAACGCCGACGGCGAGCUCCUAGACAGGGCCGGCAUGGGGGAGGACCUCUUCUGGGCCAUCCGGGGCGGCGGCGGCGGCAACUUCGGCAUCGUGCUCUCGUGGAAGGUCCAGCUCGUGCAGGUCCCGUCGACGGUGGUGGCGUUCAACGUCGCCAAGACGGUGGAGCAGGGCGCCGUGGACGUCCUCACCAGAUGGCAGGACGUGGCGCCGUGUCUGCCCAGCGACAUCACCCUAAGGGCGAUCGUGCGAGGGCGGCAGGCCAUGUUCCAGGCCCUGUACCUCGGCGGGUGCGGCUCGCUGGUGGCCAUGAUGGACGACCAGUUCCCGGAGCUGGGCAUGACGAGCGCCGACUGCCAGCCGAUGAGCUGGGCGCAGUCGGCGGCCACGCCGUUCCUGAGCUUCGGCAGGAACGGCACGCUGGAGGAGGCGCUCCUGAACAGGACCACCGGGCUGAGCAGGUCCAACAAGGGCAAGUCGGACUACGUCCGGCGCGCCAUCCCCAAGGCGGCGUGGGAGGACAUCUUCCCCUGGUUCGCCAAGGCCGGCGCCGGGUUCAUCCUGCUGGAGCCCCACGGCAGGUUCAUGAGCGGCAUCCCCGCCGCCGCGACGCCGUACCCGCACCGGAACGGCGUGCUGUACGUGAUGCAGUACAUCGUGACGUGGCCGCAGGAGGGCGGGGACAGCGGCACGGUGGCGACGGCAUGGAUCCAGGGCCUGUACGAGUUGAUGGGGCGCUGCGUGAGCAAGAACCCUCGGCGGGCGUACGUCAACUUCCGGGAUCUGGACGUCGGGCAGAACGACGAGGCCGGCACGUUCAAGGGCGGCGAGGCCUGGGGCGAGCGCUACUUCGUGGGCAACUACCGGCGGCUGGCGGCGGUGAAGGCGGCCGUGGAUCCCACCAACUACUUCAGGAACGAGCAGAGCAUCCCACCGUUGCAUUGA